AUGAGCAAGCAAAAAAAUAUUUUAAAUUUUUUUAAACCCGUUGCCGUUAAAAGAAGUUCACCUGGAAUUGAAGAAUCAGUUAAUAAGAAAAUAAAAUUAAAUGAUAUUCAAGACGAAAAUAUAAAUUCGACUCUUAAAGAAAAAGCUAGAGAAAAAUUAUUAGUUUUAAGCAAAAAUUUUAGCAUUUUGGAUUGUGAAAUGGGGCCAACAUGGUUUUUUGCACUAGAAAACGAAUUUUCAAAACCUUAUUUUAAACAACUUAAUCAAUUUGUUUAUACGGAAAGAUCAAAAUUUAAAGUUUAUCCAACGGCCGAUAAUGUGUGGACAUGGACUAAAAUGUGUACAGUAUCUGAAGUUAAAGUAGUAAUACUUGGUCAAGAUCCAUAUCAUAAUCCUUUUCAAGCUCAUGGUCUUUGCUUUAGUGUGCCAAGAGGUAUUCAACCUCCUCCUAGCCUAGUCAAUAUUUAUAAAGAAUUAAAAAAUGAUAUAGAAGGUUUUCAAAUCCCUGCACAUGGAGAUUUGACAGGUUGGGCUAAACAAGGAGUUUUGUUGCUUAAUUCUAGUUUGACUGUUAGAGCUCACACUCCCAAUUCUCAUGCGGAUCACGGUUGGGAAAAUAUAACUAAUGCAGUUAUUAAAUACAUUAGCGAUAAAAAAAAAGGAAUUGUUUUUCUCUUAUGGGGCUCAUAUGCACAAAAAAAGGCUGCAUGUGUUGAUCAGAAAAAACAUCAUCUUUUGAAAGCUGUUCAUCCUUCUCCACUUUCAGUCAACAAAGGUUUUUUCGGAUGUAAACAUUUUUCUAAAUGUAAUGAACUGUUGAAAAAAGAAGGAAAAGAGCCCAUUGACUGGAAUAAACUAUAA